AUGAGCAAUCAGGAAGUGACUUAUUCCUCCUCGAGAUUUCUUCAGGCUCCUUCACCAUCACAAAAUCGAUUGAGGCCUGGCAGUACUCAAAGGCCUGGGAAAGAUGAUGACAAAGAGUUUUCAGUGCCCUGGCAUCUCUUGGUAGUGACUCUUGGGAUCCUCUGUUUACUUCUUUUGGUGACAGUCAGAGUGUUGGAAACAAUGAUUUUUAAGCGUAUUCAAGAAAAACCUCAACAGGAGGAAAUUCCACAAAACUUCACUCAAAAGUACAACAUUAUACAAAAGGACAAUUACCUAAAGGAGCAACUUUUGACAAAUAAGACUCUAGAAUAUGACAUUCUCAAAAAUGAAAAUCUUCAGCUGAAGAAAGACCUGGAGUCACUCUCUAAAGCAAAGAUGAGCUGCCAUCGAAAACAGGGGAUCUUUUCAAAGUCUCUGCAAAAUACAGGCAAGCUAAAUGAAGACCGCUGGUCCUGUUGUGGAGUAAACUGCUAUUAUUUUACCACUAAAAAGGAAAACUGGACAGGAUGUCAAAAGACUUGCCAAUGUUACAAUUUAUCUCUUUUGAAGAUAGGUGAUAAAGAUGAACUGGACUUUGUUCAACCCCAGACUUAUGGAGAUAGCUACUGGAUUGGAUUAUCAUACAAUGCAGAGGAAAGAAAGUGGAAAUGGAUCGACAAUGGCACGUCUCUUGGAACUCCAAGAUUCAAGAAAGUUCUUCGGUGGUUUAUACUGAAGAUAUAUCCCUUUUGGGUUUGCACUCUAGGUAGCUUGUCUUCUAUGUAG